AUGGAGGGACCGCUGGCCCCAGGGGCGGCCAACGGCAGCAUACGCACGCCCAGUCCCACACCACCCGCAUUCGACCCCAAUACGAUUGUCGAGCACCUGGAAAAGGUCCUUGACAUCAGUUUGGGCGCCACACCCCAAGAUCUUUAUGCUCCAGGCAGUCUGCUCCACUCCGCCCGGAAAGAAGAUACCCUGCAGCGAUGCUCGCGCUUUGCUUCCGAGGGGCAGCAGGCGCUGUACCUUGCGAAGAACAUCGUCGAGGAGCCCCGCAUCGACGCAACUGAUGGAACCAAUGGCAAGUGUCAUCUCAAAGUGGAAGGCGUCACUGAGCACUACACCUACACCAUUGCGUCCGAGCUCACUGCUUCCCGUACCUGCGCCGCCUUUGUUUCUACGGUUGAGCCGUAUUUCGACAAUUACACCAAGAGCCAGCGCACCUCGACUUCGGCUUACAGCAAAGGAGAUAAUGAUGCUAGGACGGGCAUUUCGGCAGCAAAGAAGAAGAUGGCUGAGUUGGCGCUGAGCUUCAGUCAUCUACAACAGAACGCAGAAAUCCCGGAGCUUCUGCUUCCCUUGCACCCUCUCAUUCAGAGUGCCCUUGAGGAUGCUGAGCACAAGAACAACAAGCCGUCUCCCGACCAGAUCCCACCCGCCAUUCUACAAGACAGCAGCUUUCUGAAUGGCCUGCAAGCCACUGUCAACGGCUGGAUCAAGUCGAUCCAAACCAUCACCAAGACCUCGCGCGAUGUGUCGACAGGAACAGCCGGACAGGAGAUCAACUUUUGGCUUUCCAUGGAGAACAGGCUGCAGGAUAUCGAGAGGCAGCUUGGCAGUCCCGGUGUCAGGCUGACUCUGGAUGUGUUGAAGAACGCAAAGCGCUUCCAGGCCACAGUGAGCUUCAGCGCUGACACUGGCCUGAAAGAGAGCACGGACUUGGUGCAGAAGUACAACCAGCUGAUGCGCGACUUUCCGCUGGACCAUCUGCUAUCUGCUACAUCUCUACAAGCUGUGCAGGAAGCCGUCAACUCCAUCUUCGGCCAUAUGAACAAGAAGCUCCGCAUCUGUCCAUACCCCGUUCGCCGCGCGCUCCCUCUCGUAGAGGCCAUCUCUGGCGAUCUCAAUGUUCAGAUCCACAAGCUACUCCAUGGCAAGACGCUCAUGCACAUGGACUACCCCGAGUUUCAGGCGAUCAUGGAAGUAGCAGAGAGCAUUUGGCGGAGCUGGGAAGAGAACGUCAAGGAGUUCACCAACGUUGCUCGCGAGGUGACCAGGCGCAGGAACGAGAAGUUCAUCCCCAUCAAGAUCGCAGCAAAGCACAAGGAGACCGAGGAGCGCAUCCGAUACAUCGCCACAUUCCGCAAGAACCACGAGCAGCUUCAGCGCACCAUUGUCCAACCUCGCAAGGCAAAGGAGACUGUCAUCAUCGAGGAGAUUGGCGACGUUGAUGCUGUCAAGGAAGUCAAGGAAGCCUAUGACGUUCUCAAGGAUGUCGACGUGCUCGAUGUUUCUGCAGAGGGUACGAGGCUGUUUGAGCAGGCUGAGCAGAAGUACAACGAGCGCACCUCGCGUGUCGAGAACUCGAUCAUUGCGAGACUCCGAGAUCGUCUGGGAACUGCCAAGACCGCCAGCGAGAUGUUCCGCGUCUUCUCCAAAUUCAACCCGCUCUUCGUGCGGCCCAAGAUCCGAGGAGCUAUCUCUGAGUACCAGUCUCAGCUCAUAGAGAAUGUCAAGCAGGACAUUUCGGCUCUCCACGAGCGCUUCAAGCGCCAAUACGGCAACUCGGAGGCGCACGCGAUGGCGCAACUUCGCGAUUUCCCUCCCGUGUCCGGCGCGGUCAUAUGGGCUCGCCAAAUCGAAACCCAGCUCGAAAACUACAUGGGCAAGGUUGAAGACAUUCUGGGCAAGGACUGGGCGCUUCACUCUGAGGCUGAGAGCAGCAUGUUCAAGAAGAAGCUCGACACCCGUCCCAUCUUCGAGUCGUGGCUGCAAGAAGUCGCGCGAAGGAAGCUCUCCAUUUCCGGACGCCUUUUCCUUGUCAGCAAAAACCGUGCUGCAGGCAACAUUCUUGAACUGAAUGUCAAUUUCGAUGGACAAGUCAUCGCACUCUUCAAGGAGGUUCGUAACUUGACAUGGCGCGGAUACCAAGUUCCUCACGGCAUCAACAAUAUCUCGAAAGAAGCCAAGCGUGUGUACCCAUACGCCGUCAGCCUAAUGGAGAGCGUACGCACCUACACCCAAACCGUGCGCUCAAUCUCAGAGAUGGCUGGUGUAGCUUUACUGCUGAACAACUAUGUCAAUGACGUACAAGCGCUUGUUGGCAAGGGUGUGCCGCUGAAGUGGGAGUCCUUCGUACACGCAUACGACUUGCAUGUGCGCCAGUCCGGUUUCCCCGCUGGAGCUGGAAGUGUUCGUAGCGAGAGCAAGCAUGUUCAAUUCGUGCGCGACUUUGGCGCUGCAACCUCGCUGCUUCAGACCAAGGUUGCUGGACUUGUCACCAUCAACUCGACCAUUGAGAAAGCUCUCAAGGACCUGGAGACAUGCCCGUAUAGCAAGGACGCCUUUCAACGUAACCUCGAGACGAUUCAGAAACAGAUCGAUCAGCUGAACUUGGAGAACUAUGCCAAUCUUGCCACAUGGGUCGCCGAGAUGAAUGCACGCAUCGAAGCUAUCCUGCUUACACGUCUGAGCCGCGCGAUCACACUCUGGAUUGAGGUGUUCACUAAUGUUGACGAUGAAGAGGACUCAAGACGACCCGUCAGCCAACCUGCUCCUGCCGAGGUCUCCGAAGUGAAGCCUACACUGUCUCGAUUGACUCUCGAGAUCACCAUGCGCAAUCAGGUCAUCUACCUCAGCCCGCCUGUUGAGUAUGCUCGAGCAAGCUGGCUUGAGCAGUUGCAGCAAUGGCUCGCAGUUAUCUGCACUCUUCAAAAGAUCAAGGCUUCACGUUACGAGAUCCGACUUGAAGCUAGCGACGACGCAUCACUUAACCAGUUCUCUGACCUCCCAAGCCGCUGCACCGCUUCUCUGAUAGAAGUGUAUGGCGCAGUCGAGGGCAAGCUACGAGACAUCUCUUCAUAUGUGGAUGAGUGGCUGCAAUUCCAAUCAUUGUGGGACCUGCAAUCCGAGCAUGUCUACGACAUCCUGGGUGAAGAUCUCUCGAGAUGGCUCCAACUACUCCAAGAGAUCCGCAAAACCCGCGCCACCUUCGACAACUCCGAUAUCAGCCGCCGAUUCGGUUAUGUUACUGUCGACUAUGAUCAAGUUCAGGUCAAGGUCAACGCCAAAUACGACCAGUGGCAGCAAGAAAUCCUGACCAAAUUUGCCACCAGACUCGGACAGCGCAUGGCUGAUGUCUAUGUCCAAAUCGAGAAGGCACGUAAGGAUCUCGAAGUACAGACCUUGGAAGCCUCGUCUACCGCGCAAGCAGUAUCGUUCAUCACCACUGUCCAACAAUGCAAGAGGAAGGUCAUGGAAUGGGAACCGGAGAUUGUCACUUUCCGUCAAGGCCAGGCGACAUUGGCUCGUCAGCGCUACCAAUUCCCCUCGGACUGGCUGCAAAUGGACCAGAUUGACCACGAGUGGCAGACCCUUACUGAGGUGCUCGAGCGCAAGACCAAGAUUGCCAACGAUCAGGCCGAUGCACUACGAGCAAAGAUUGCUGCGGAGGACAAGGUCGUCAACCAGAAGAUCGCGGACAUCACAGCCGAAUGGACCGAGGACAAGCCCGUCGCUGGCAACCUUCCACCGGAAGAGGCGUCACAGAUUCUUGCGAGGUUCGACCAGAAGCUGAGCCAACUGCAAACCGAAUCUGGAAACAUUUCGAAGGCUAAGGAGGCUCUCGGCUUACCGCCAUCUCCCGAGAACACUCUUGAAACACUGCUUGAGGAAGUUCAAGACUUCAAGGGUGUAUGGUCAGCUCUUGGCAUAAUUUGGAAGAGUGUCAACGAUCUCCGAGAAGUCCUCUGGAGCAGCAUCCAGCCCCGCAAGCUGCGCCAAAACAUCGACAACCUCCUGAAGAUGACCAAGGAUAUGCCCAGCCGCAUGCGACAAUACCAGGCCUUCGAGUAUGUUCAGAGCACGUUGAAACAGCUUCUGAAAGACAACGUUGUUCUCGCCGAGCUUCGAUCUGAUGCUGUGCGUGAGCGACAUUGGUCUAAGAUCUUCAAGCAGUUGAAGCCGCAGAAGCGAUACUCUGCCAUCUCCAUGACCCUAGGCGACGUGUGGGACCUUAAGCUCGGUCCGAGUGAGAAGAUCAUCCGGGAUGUCAUUACUCAAGCGCAGGGCGAGAUGGCUCUCGAAGAAUUCCUUAAGCAGGUCCGCGAGACAUGGCAGAACUACGCCCUGGAAUUGGUCAACUACCAGAACAAGUGCCGCCUCAUCCGUGGUUGGGACGACCUUUUCGCAAAGUGCAGCGAGAACCUCAACUCCCUGCAGGCUAUGCGGCAUUCGCCCUACUACAAGGAGUUUGAAGAGGAAGCCUCAUCCUGGGAGGACAAGUUGAACCGUGUUCACGUCCUUUUCGAUGUCUGGAUCGAUGUACAGCGUCAAUGGGUAUACCUUGAGGGUGUAUUCACUGGUAACGCAGACAUCAAACAUCUUCUGCCCAUGGAGUCCGCUCGUUUCCAGAACAUCAACUCAGAGUUCUUGUCUGUCAUGAAGAAGGUCUCCCGAACGCCAUUCGUGCUCGAGGUUCUCAACAUAACCGGCGUACAGAAGUCUCUAGAGCGUCUCGCCGAGCUGCUCAACAAGAUCCAGAAAGCUCUUGGCGAGUAUCUUGAGCGCGAACGUGUCUCCUUCCCUCGUUUCUACUUUGUCGGUGAUGAAGACUUGCUGGAAAUUAUUGGCAACAGCAACGACGUCAUGCGCAUUGCCAAGCAUCUUCGAAAGAUGUUUGCUGGUAUCUCAGGGCUGAUCACUGACGAGGACGGUGUCAUCAAAGGCUUCACUUCCAAGGAAGGCGAAGAGGUCACCCUACGCAAGGACAUAUCGCUCAUCAAGACUCCGCGAAUCAACGAAUGGCUCGGGGCACUCGAGCUCAAUAUGAAGACAACGCUGGCUGAGCUGGCUUACGAGGCUUACGAAGAGUUUGCUGAAAUUGUUUCGGACGACGAGAUAGACGCACAGCGCUUCGAUGGCUAUCUCAGGAAGUACCCCGCCCAGGUGGUUGUCCUUGGUACACAGAUGGCUUGGACUGCUGUUGUCGAGAAGUCACUCGUGGAAGAGGGCAGCUCGCUACCCCAACUAUACGAGAAGCAAGUCAAGCUGCUGCAGCUCCUCGCCACUGUCGUCCUGGGUGAUCUCGAGCCCAUCCAGCGCAGGAAGUACGAGGAUCUCAUUACUGAAUUCGUCCAUCAGCGCGAUGUCAUUCACAAGUUGCACAAAGUUGGUGCGCGCUCACCGACUCACCACAUGUGGCUUCUUUGUAUGCGCUAUGUAUACGAACCCAACAACGACCUGUUGCUGCGUCUCAAGAUCAAGAUGGCCAAUGCAACUCUCGACUACGGAUUUGAAUACUUGGGUGUCCCAGACCGCCUGGUCCGAAAGACUGAGUCGGUGAAGGCACUCGGUGUGCAACUUGGUCGCUUUACUCUCGUCUUCUGCUGUGACGACACGUUUGAUUUCCAAGCCAUGGGUCGCAUCUUCCUUGGUAUCUGUCAGGUUGGUGCAUGGGGUUGCUUCGACGAGUUCAAUCGUCUUGAAGAGCGCAUCCUCUCAGCCGUAUCACAACAAAUUCAGAACAUUCAGCUUGGCCUGAAGAAGGGCGCUGAGGACGACAAGUCUCAGAUCGAGCUCAUCGGACGUCAACUCAAGGUCAACGGUAACACUGGAGUAUUCAUUACCAUGAAUCCUGGCUAUGCUGGACGUUCAAACUUGCCCGACAAUCUCAAGAAGCUGUUCCGAAGCGUUGCUAUGUCCAAACCGGACAAGGAGCUCAUUGCCGAAGUCAUGCUUUACUCCCAGGGUUUCACGCAAGCGAAGGAACUUUCGAAACAGGUUGUACCAUUCUUCGACAAGUGUGCCGCUGGUCUUUCCAAGCAAGCUCAUUAUGACUUUGGCUUGCGUGCGCUUAAGAGUGUUCUCGUUAGUUCCGGUGGACUCAAACGUGCGCGCAUCGCUAUCCAGGAAGAAUCGCAAACACCAGAUGAAGCUGUCAUGGAGCCUCAGAUCAUCAUCCAGAGUCUGCGCGAGACUAUGGCUCCUAAGUUGAUCCGCUCGGAUGUCGAGAUCAUGAAGACUAUCCAGGAAGACUCGUUCCCGGGUGUUGAGUACAUCCCUGCACCUCUAGACAAGCUGAGCGAAGCUAUUCGCAAGUGUGCCGCAGAAUCUAAGCUUGUUGUUAGCGAGGGCUGGAUGACCAAGAUCUUGCAACUCUACCAGAUUCAGAACCUGCACCACGGUGUCAUGAUGGUCGGCUCCUCAGGUUCCGGAAAGUCUGCGGCUUGGCGAACCCUUCUAUCCGCAUUGCAAGCGGUAGAAGGUGUUGAAGGCGUUUGUCACGUCAUCGAUCCUAAAGUCAUGAGCAAGGAGCAGCUAUACGGAACAUUGGACAGCACAACUCGAGAGUGGACCGACGGUCUGUUCACCAGUAUCCUUCGUAAGAUCGUCGACAACCUUCGUGGCGAGGACAGUAAGCGACACUGGAUUGUUUUCGACGGCGAUGUCGACCCAGAAUGGGUAGAGAACUUGAACUCCGUCUUGGACGACAACAAGCUUCUCACGUUGCCUAAUGGAGAACGUCUCAAUCUUCCAUCGAACGUUCGCAUUAUGUUCGAAGUAGAGACACUCAAGUACGCCACUCUUGCUACUGUCUCCCGCUGUGGUAUGGUCUGGUUCAGCGACGACACUGUGGAAGUCGACAUGAUGAUUAAGCACUACAUUGAGCAUCUCAAGGCAACACCGUUCGAGGAUAUUGAGGACGAUUCUGUAGCCCCAGGGCAGAUGUCUCAGAAGACUCUCGCCACACAAGGCUUGGUAGCAGACUUCCUUCACAUCAAACUUACCCAGGACUGCUUCAUCGAAAAAGCUUUGAGCAUGGCGCGCAAGUUCAAGCAUAUCAUGGAAUACACCGAUAUUCGGGCCCUCAACACACUCUUCUCUUUGCUUAACAAAGCAUGCCGCAACGUCUUGGAGUACAACGUGCAACACCAGGACUUCCCACUCGAAGACGACAAGAUGGAGACCUACCUCGCCAAGAAGUUGCUCGUUGCACUGGUAUGGGCUCUAGUGGGUGACUGUCCCCUUUCGGACCGCAAGCAAUUCGGAGACCUUAUCGCCGGUCUUACCGAUGUCGAACUCCCGCUCCUCAACGAGUCCACGUCCCUCAUUGACUACGAUGUCAAGCCAGAUAAGCCAGACUGGGACAUGUGGCAGAACCAGGUCCCGAAUGUGGAGGUCAACACGCACUCCGUCAUCCAGACCGAUGUAGUCAUUCCCACGCUGGACACGGUGCGCCACGAAGACGUGCUAUACUCAUGGCUUGCGGAGCACAAGCCUCUCUUGUUGUGCGGUCCACCUGGUUCCGGAAAGACCAUGACCCUGUUCAGCGCACUUCGCAAACUGCCAAACAUGCAAGUCGUCGGUCUCAAUUUCUCCAGCGCGACCACACCGGAUCUGCUCAUCAAGACUUUCGAACAGUACUGCGAGUACAAGAAGACACUGAAUGGCGUCCAGCUUACGCCAACUCAGGUUGGCCGAUGGCUCAUCAUCUUCUGCGAUGAGAUCAACUUGCCAGCACCAGACAAAUACGGCACACAGCGCGCCAUCUCGUUCCUGCGACAGCUUGUUGAGCAUAACGGCUUCUGGAGGACAUCUGACAAGACUUGGGUUACGCUUGAUCGCAUUCAAUUCGUUGGUGCUUGUAACCCUCCAACAGAUGCUGGCCGUACGCCAAUGGGACUCCGCUUCUUGCGCCAUGCACCACUCAUCAUGGUUGACUAUCCUGGCGAGCAGUCUCUUCUCCAGAUUUACGGCACCUUUAACAGCGCUGUCCUGAAGAUCAUCCCAACCCUCCGCGGCUACUCCGAAGCCUUGACCAAAGGCAAUGAGUCGCAGAAGAGAUUCACGCCAGACAUUCAGCCACACUACGUCUACUCUCCCCGUGAGCUUACGCGUUGGGUCCGUGGUAUUUAUGAGGCCCUCCGACCACUGGAGACCUUGCCUAUCGAAGGUCUUGUCCGUAUCUGGGCACACGAAGCCUUGCGACUAUUCCAGGAUCGUCUUAUUGGCGAGGAUGAGAGGCAAUGGACUGACGAAUGCGUGCACCGCAUUGCACUGGAGCACUUCCCUACCAUUGACGAAGAGAAGGCCCUUGCUGGCCCUAUCCUCUUCUCGAACUGGUUAUCAAAGAACUACAUUCCCGUUGAGCGCGAUCAGCUCCGUGAGUUCGUGAAGGCUCGUCUCAAGACUUUCUGCGAGGAAGAAGUUGACGUACCGCUUAUCCUUUUCAACGAUGUCCUCGAACACGUUCUUCGCAUCGAUCUAUCUCGUUUUGUUGCUUGGAUGAACGGUCUCAGCGUCUAUCAGAUCAAGGUUCACGGCAAAUACUCUGGGGAGGACUUCGACGAAGACCUUCGAAAUGUCUUGCGCCGCUGCGGUUGCAAGGGUGAGAAGAUCUGCUUCAUCAUGGACGAAGCCAAUGUUCUGGAUUCUGGUUUCCUUGAGCGCAUGAACACCCUCCUCGCCAAUGCCGAGGUACCAGGUCUUUUCGAAGGCGACGAGUACGCAGCCUUGAUGACCGCAAUCAAGGAAGGGGCGCAGCGACAAGGCACCAUCUUGGACUCACAGGAGGAGCUCUACAAGUGGUUCACGGAUCAGAUUGUCAAGAACCUUCACGUGGUCUUCACCAUGAACCCUCCAGAGGAAGGCUUGUCUUCCAAGGCAGCGACCAGUCCUGCGCUCUUCAAUCGUUGCGUGCUUAAUUGGUUCGGAGACUGGUCUGACCAAGCUCUCUACCAAGUCAGCUCAGAGCUUACCCAGUCUAUCGAUCUUGACCGACCGCAUUACAUUGCACCAGAUAGCAUCCCAGUUGCUUAUCGCGGUCUCAGUUUGCCACCAUCACAUCGCGAGAGUGUUGUCAACGCCAUGGUGGCGGUUCACCACUCCCUACGGUCCAAGAACGAGAAGCUCCAGAAGACACAGAACCGGAAGAUGUACCUUACCCCACGUCAUUUCCUUGACUUCGUCGCACAGUACGUCACGCUGUACAGCGAGAAGCGCGAAGAUCUUGAGGAACAGCAACGUCAUCUCAACGUUGGUCUUGAGAAGCUACACGAGACAUUCGACAAGGUCAAGGAACUGCGAUCCAGUCUUGCGGAGAAGCAAACUCAACUGACGAAGAAGGACGCUGAAGCGAACGAGAAAUUGCAGCACAUGUUGGAGGAUCAGCGCGAAGCUGAACAGAAGAAGGCUGGGUCUGAGCAGAUUCAGAAGAGGCUUGAGAAGGAUAAGGAAGAAAUUCAGAAGAGACGACAGGUGGUGGACGAGGAUUUGGCUGCCGCUGAGCCAGCUGUCAUUGAGGCGGCGAAGAGCGUCCAGAAUAUCAAGCGACAGCAUCUCACCGAAGUCCGAUCUAUGCAGAAUCCUCCUGCUGGUGUCAAGCUAGCACUAGAGGCGGUCUGCACCCUGCUCGGUCAUAAGCCAGACAGCUGGAAGACCAUUGUUGGUAUCGUUCGUCGCGAUGACUUCAUCGCCAGCAUUGUGCAAUUCGACAACGAGCGACAGAUGACCGCACCUCUUCGAAGGAGGAUGCUGAACGACUAUCUUUCCAAAGAGGACUUCACUUUUGAGAAGGUCAACCGUGCCUCAAAGGCCUGUGGUCCGCUUGUGCAGUGGGUCACAGCUCAAGUCGCCUUCUCCGAUAUUUUGGACAGGGUCGGCCCACUUCGUGCUGAGGUAGACAGCUUGGGAGCCGAGUUGCAAAAGACAGAAGAGGGCGCCAAAGAGACACAAAUCCUCAUUCAGAAUCUCGAGGACAGCAUCAUUCGUUACAAGGCAGAAUACGCAACCUUGAUCAGCGAGACCCAGGCCAUCAAAUUAGAGAUGGCUACCGUGCAGUUCAAGGUGGACCGCAGUGUUAGACUGCUAGACAGCUUGUCUUCUGAGCGUCAGCGUUGGGAAUCGAGCAGCAAGUCCUUUGACUCUCAGAUCGACACCAUUGUUGGCGAUGUUCUGGUUGCCGCGGCGUUCAUCGCUUAUGCUGGAUACUACGACCAACAGUACAGGAAGGCUCUCACCGAGGACUGGUUCGAGCACCUCAGGAAUUCUGGCAUCACCUACAAGACACCCAACCCGAUUACUGAAUAUCUCUCAUCUGCAGAUGAUCGUCUUACAUGGCAGCACAACGGUCUACCGGUCGAUGACCUGUGUACCGAGAAUGCCAUCGUUCUCAAGCGCUUCAACCGAUACCCACUCAUCAUCGAUCCUUCCGGUAGGACGACGGAGUUCUUGCAGAACGAAUGCAAGGACCGCCGUCUCACAGUGACAAGCUUCCUUGACGACUCCUUCACUAAACAGCUCGAGAGUUCCCUGCGUUUUGGCAACCCAAUCUUGAUCCAGGAUGCGGAACAUUUGGAUCCUAUCCUCAAUCACGUUCUCAACAAGGAAUACCAGAAGACAGGAGGACGUGUGCUUAUCCAGCUCGGCAAACAGGAGAUCGACUUCUCGCCUUCGUUCCGCUUAUACCUUUCGACCCGCGACCCCUCUGCCAACUUCCCGCCCGACAUUUGCAGUCGUACCACCUUCGUCAAUUUCACGGUCACACAGAGCAGUCUGCAGACUCAGACACUCAACGAAGUCCUCAAGUCGGAGAGGCCUGAUGUCGAUGAGCGCCGAUCGAACCUCAUCAAGAUGCAGGGUGAAUUCGCUGUGCAUCUGCGUCAGCUUGAGAAGCGCCUCCUUCAAGCCCUCAACGAGUCUCGCGGCAAUAUCCUCGAUGAUGACCGCGUCAUUGAGACACUGGAGACUCUCAAGAAGGAAGCCAAGGAGAUCUCAGACAAGGUGUCCGAGACUGCAGGUGUCAUGACUGAAGUGGAGAACAUCACCAAGGAGUACACCGUCGUUGCUCGUUCAUGCUCAGCUAUCUUCGCUGUCUUGGAGCAACUGCACCACCUCAACCACUUCUACCAGUUCUCACUUCAGUACUUCACUCAGAUCUUUGAGACUGUGCUAGCCAGGAUCCGGAACUCGUCGAUCACUGGCCACGCUGCUCGUAUUGAUCAGAUCAUCACCGAACUCUUCGUCGAUGCUUAUCGCCGGACGUCACUGUCGCUGCUCCAGAAGGACCGUGUCACGUUCGCAAUGCUUCUUGUACAGGCUGCGCCUUACAAGAUGGACAAGACUCUCAUUGAUAAGCUGCUUGACUCCGAUCUAACCGAAGUCGAUGUCUCCACACAGCCUGAGCGCAAGGAUGAAGUCAUGCAGCGAGCUGCAAAGCUUGCCAUAUUCAAGGAAGAGAUCGAAAAGGUUGAGCCCACCGCAUGGGACACCUUCCUCACUGAGGAACUUGGAGAUCGACACGUGCCCCAGCUUUGGCCUGAUGACCUCAACAAGUUUGACAAACAGCUCCGGGCUCUCCUUCUUGUCAAGCUUUUCCGCGUCGAUCGCUUCGUGCCUGCCGUUGAGCGCUUUGUUACCGAAGUGUUUGGCAAGGGCAUCUUGGACAUUAGUGGCGAUCUUGGUGAUAUCGUCAAGCAAGUCAACGCAGUCACACCAGUGGCACUGAGCUCGAGCCCUGGAUUCGACGCCAGUUACAAGGUCGACAACUUGGUCCAGCGCGAAAAUGUUACCUGCUCUAACAUCGCCAUGGGUUCGAAUGAAGGUGCAGCUACAGCAGACAAGGCCAUUGCCAACGCCGCAACGACUGGCAACUGGGUCCUGGUCAAGAAUGUCCAUCUUGCACCACAAUGGCUGCAGUCACUCGAGAAGAGACUGGAGUCGCUUAAGCCAAACCCCGACUUCCGUCUAUUCUUGUCCAUGGAGUCGAGUCCCAAGAUUCCUGUCAACCUUCUUCGUGCUUCCCGAGUGCUUUCAUACGAGCAGCCUGCCGGUAUCCGUGCCAACAUGAAGGACUCCCUGUCUUCAAUGGCAGAGAAGGCUGUCAAGGCACCUGUCGAGAAGGCGCGCAUUUAUCUUGUUCUAUCCUUCCUUCACGCAGUGAUCCAAGAGCGUCUCCGCUACGCGCCAACACUGGGCUGGAAGGGCUUCUGGGAGUUCAACGACAGCGACUACGAAUGCUGCAGCUUCAUUAUCGACACCUGGGUCGACACCGUUGCGCAAGGCCGCUCCAACAUCGCUCCCUCCAAAAUCCCAUGGGAAAUGAUCCGCACCCUGAUCACCGAAAUGUACGGCGGCAAGAUCGACGACGCCGAGGACUACGGCAUCCUUUCCUCCCUCGUCGAGGACUGCAUGACACCCGCCGCCUUCGAAGACAACUUCCAAAUCGUCAAGUCUGAGGGUCUGAUGCUGCCAAGCGCCACUGGCUGGAAGGACUUCAUGGGCUGGGUCAAUGAUUUACCCGAGCGUGAGCCACCGACAUAUCUCGGCUUGCCGGCGAAUGCGGAGAAGUUGCUGCUUGUCGGCCAGGCGAAGGAGAUGGUUGGGAAUCUGAAGCGUGUGGUGGAGAUGCUGGAUGAAGGAGAGCAGAUUAUGGCGGAGGCUGAGGGAUAG